AUGUUCAACCGUUUCUUCUUAUCUCAAAGGCGCCUGAUUUUGGGCGUAUUGACGCUUUUUGUCCUUCUCGGUACCCUGCAAUUCCUUCAUUCGAGGAAAGUGAUACAACCCCGAUUACUCAGCGGGAGUGGCGCCGUUUUGGAGCCUGAGCGCCUCGGGCUGGCAUAUCUGGAAAACCUUCGAAAGAGCCGUGCGCAGUACUGUUCACCUGCUUCUCCAUCGCAGCUCAUGUGCUUCCACAGCCAAACUGCUCCGGAAGGACGCAUCGACUCUUUCUGUGUUGGACAAAAUGCGGUGUUUAACCCAUCUCUGCGCAAGUUUCAGCUUUCUUGUGAGAGAAUCGAUCCCCGGGGAGUCGAAAGCAAUCAGAGCGCGCCGGCUCUAGAUGACUUUCCAAUGUACUGGUACCAUACAGGGCCCCGACAGGUUUUCAACGAUUUCGUCGAUCUCGAUGCGCAGGUCGAACACAAUAAGGAGAUAGAAAGAAUCACGAUUCUGGUGAAGCGCGAAGGGGCGGGUAACAUCUGGCACUCCCUCAUGGAAAUUAUGUCUGCAAGUAUGACACUCGAUGUUCUUCAAAUGACACGUUCGGUGGGCAGCUUGCACCCUAUAAUCAGCGCUGAAGACUCCUUAAAAUCUCAGGUAGUCAUCGUCGACAGUCACACCGACGGGCCAUACUUUGAUCUAUGGCGAAUCUUGGCCAAAAUGCCGGUGGUCCGACUUCCUGAUCUCUCAACUGAUUUCAACAGCAGCCUAGUCGUCGUUCCUCUACCCGGCGGUAGCAAUCCGAUUUGGCAGGCUGACUGGGAGCCAACUCUCUGUCAGCACUCGGAUCUAUUGCAGACUUUUGCGUGGCGUGUCCGACAACAACUCAAUAUCUCCGACCCAGUCAAGCUGCCAGACCAGGUCGUUGUAACCAUCAUCGAGCGCCAAGGCACGCGCAAGCUGAUCGAUCAGCACGCACGUAUCGAGGCGCUAAAAAAGCAGUAUCAAGCUAGCGAAGUUCUCAUUCAGCUUAUUGAUUUCGCUGUACUGCCGUUACAAGAACAGGUACAGAUCAUACGUGGCACGGACGUGCUUGUCGGAGUUCACGGAGCCGGUCUGACACAUGGUCUCUGGUUACCUCAGAGAUCGGCUAUGGUGGAGAUUUUACCAGAGGGUUUCCAACAUAAGGGCUUUCGGAAUCUUGCUGGUGCUCUGGGCCAUGAUUACUUUAGUACACAUGCUUCCACGCUACAGACAAGCAGUAGGGGCGCUAAUGAUAAUUCGUGGCAAGUAUCAGACGUCGCUUUGGACGAGGAACGGUGGCUCCAGCUGAUGAACGUUGCGAUAAAGAGCAUGUAUAACAAAGGUCGACAUAACUUUGACACUGUGAAAUAA